CGGACCGCGAGGUUAUACACCAGCGAGAGACGUUUUUUUAAAGCCGCGUUCACAAUACUACCGACCGCGUGGACCAACGUGACGCGCAUGCCGCCACUGUAUUGGCUAUCGGUUUGACGACGUCGACGAAGAAUCGCGACGGAUAAACAUCAACAUCGGUUUAAUCGCAUUAAGCAUUUUAUUCGAAUAAAAUAAAAUGUUCACUGAGUUCAACAAAUUUCCUUGCACAUGCUUCAAACUUUAACGAAAUUUCGGGUGUCCCUGCUUAACGGAUUUCAAGUGGAGUGCAAGAUCAAACGGACCGGGACAAGUUUAAUUUGACAUUGAAUAUUCUCGACAGUUCUGAAAAUAGUCAUCAGUGUUCUGUUCGAUUUCUCCAAUGGACUUGUUAAAAAUUUACCGAUCGUCACAGUGAUUUCAUUCGGUUCGUGAUAAUAAUUCAAAUAGUAUUAAUAAUAUAAAAUUUCAUAAUAUUAUUAAUUACUAUAUCGACCUUAAUAAUCCAGUGGAUAUAGAACAUUGACCGUAUCCAAUGUCCUCCAACUGUCAAGGAGCGUUCUCGAAAAGUAUUCCAAUUCUUUCGUGCUAAUUAAAAUGUAAACGACUUUUAAACGAAUAUUGUUGUAUUUCGUUUGAAAAGAAAAAAUGUGUUAAGCCUCGUUGAAUGUGUGCCCACGUGUGUACUCAACUGUGUUUGUGUAAGGACUUUAACGAGUACUCGAAUAAGCGCGAGGCCAGUGAGAAGAAAAUUUGGAACUGUAAUUAGCUCGGACGAGCCUCGUUAAGUGGUUAAGCAAGCGGUCCAACGACGCUUAUGAGAAGAAGAGAACCGCAUAGAAUCUCGUCGGAACACAACGUGACUGAUCUUAUUACGGAGUACAUAUCUAUAUGUUUAUAUGUGAGUGCGUGUGCGUGUGUGCGUGCUUCAAGUAUACCAGGAGAUUCGCAUUCGUCGUCUCUUAGCGAUGACGUAAUUCUCGACUUGACCCAAUCGAUUGUUGCCUUUAAGGCUUGCAAAAUUGCGCGAAUUCAUCGUCGGAAAAACGGUAAAAUUUUUCGCGUCACGACGCAAGAGGACGUUGAACAUAUUUCUACAAACGUGCUUACCGGAACGAACGUCACGUUGACGGACAGGGGGGAAGAAGAAUUUGUCAUCUCGGCCGAGCCGAGAUCGAGUCCGCGUCCGGUGUACGAGAUAGAUCAAGAUUCCUCGGGAUGCUCGGUUGACAUGGCGGAGGGUUCGGCCGAGGAGGAACAGAGCAGUACCGCUGCACCCGCAUCACCGCCAGCCGAUCUCCGUACUUUGAACACACAAUUGACGACGCCCUAUCAUCACCGACAUUUACAGCCACCACCGCGUCUUCAUCCUCGCCAUCAGUCUAACAUGUUGGCUACUGCUGCACCAUUGAGACACAGCCACAACAGCAUGCUGUCCCAUCAGGUUAAUACGGAAACUGAUAUGGACGCUCCCUGCGAGCUGCCCUUGAAUUUGAAGAAUGAGGAUAGCGACAGGAGUAGCGUUGGGAGUCCGGAACCAGGAUCGGGUGCGAUGCACGAGCACCGGAUGUUACUCGAAAGUAGUAAAAACUCGCGAAAACGGCGGAGAAGUGUGUCGCCCGAGAACAUGUCACAAGCAAAACGAGCGGCCGAGGCGCAAGCCCAUCUCAACGGGACCAUGGCGAGCAUGGUUACCCUGCAGAAUCUCCAGAAUCUUGCGAAUCUUCAGAACCUGCCACAAGUCGCCUCCUUAGCUGCAGGUCUGCAGAGUAUGUCAGCGAGUUUGACAAACAGUCAAUUGAUCAAUACUCCCCUAAACCUUACAGUCAGUUCGUCCGCCGGAACGUUACCAACCGCAUCGAGCACGACAACGGUGCCGCACCUACUACCUCCGAGUUCAGCCCCUAUGGCGACGCUACCCCAGUUACUCUCGCAGCCGCAACCCGUGGCGAUGCCCCAGUUCAUACUAACAUCGGGUCAACUAGUCCAGGGUAUCCAGGGUGCCCAACUUUUAAUACCAACCUCCCAAGGUAUUGCGACGCAAACCAUACUUACGAUACCGGUGAGCCACGUCACGAACAACCAGAUGGUCAAUUUGGCCCUCAGUAACGGUCAAGUAGUCUCAACGACCCUGGCGAACCUCCAAUCAAUCGCUGCACCACAGACAAUGAUGAAUGCACCAGCAAACAAUGUUCCAACGAGUCCGAAUCUGGCCUCAGGCUUGGGAUUGAACCACGCAGCUCUGCCUCAUCUCCUGGGCAACAGCUCUGCGAAUCAGCAACUUUUGAACGCGAUACAGCCUCAACUGUUACAGGCGGUUCAAGCAGCUCAAGCGUCACAGCAACCCCUUCUCACCACCUCCCUGCAUCAACGUAGUCAUCAACAUACCUCACACAUGAAUCACUACGCGUCAUUGGAUAAGCAUCACAGAGACAGACCGGAACAAUCGUCGCCGAUGAAUGGACCCGUUGUGUCCGCAUCCUCAGCCCUUAAUAGACUUGCCGCGAGCAAUGGUGAAAUCACCAUCACAACGACGCAUGGACCUGGCGGUGGAAGUGGACUCGAAACAUCGCCAAGCAGCGUGCACAGUCCGAAAGACGACGACGAUGAUUUGCUCAGUGAUUCGCCAAACCAACUGACGAUCAACGAUGCAACGAACAAUGUCGCUGACGUUGGAAACCUAGCCCAGAUCAAAGAAUUCGCCAAAGCGUUCAAGCAGCGUCGAGUGUCAAUGGGCCUGACGCAAACACAGGUCGGACAAGCUCUUAGUGUAACCGAAGGUCCUGCCUACAGUCAAAGUGCAAUAUGCAGUGCCCUGGCUACCCAGAUGUAUGCUGCCACGCAGAUUGCCUCUCAGCAUCAAGCUAUGUUUGAGAAACUGGACAUCACGCCCAAGAGUGCACAGAAAAUUAAGCCGGUUCUUGCAAGGUGGAUGAAAGAGGCUGAAGAGAGUGUCCAUGAUUACAGGUACAAGAGCGGAGCUAAUCAUUUGACGGAAUUCAUCGGUGCCGAGCCGAGCAAAAAACGAAAACGGCGGACGUCCUUUACACCCCAAGCCUUGGAACUGUUGAACGCGCAUUUCGACACGAAUACUCAUCCAUCCGGAAAUGAGAUAACGCAAUUGGCGCAGCAAUUGGGCUAUGAACGGGAGGUUAUAAGAAUUUGGUUCUGCAACAAGAGACAAUCGCUCAAAAAUACGUUAAAGACGAUAACAGGAGUGAAAGGGACGAUGGUGUAAAUGAUGAACAUCCGAAGACUCAUUGAGAAAAUAUAAAUUGGAUAAACUUUAUUUUACGAUAUGAAUUGUGAAGCCUCUAGAAACGUCCAUGGUUGAGCACAAGCAUUAACUCAGGACAAUCUCCGAUAACGUUGGAAACGUUUGGCCAAUGAAUCACAUUGCUAUGAAAUGACGACAAGUAUUUUCUUCAGUUUCAACGAAUUCGUCGAAAACUCAUUACGAAUUGACUCUUCGAUUAUUUUUAUUCCUGACGAUUGGACUAUUGUAUAAUUCAUUACGAAAAUUACGGCAAGCACAAAACGGAAUGAACCUAUCUACGAUGAUUCAUCAUUUUCUCGAUCCUCGCUGUUGGACCCAGAGAAGCAUCGAAGAAAAAAAGUAAUACUCGGAUUGAAAGAAGGCAAUUUUUCUCGCACGCUUUGUCCAAAAGCCGUCCGCAUGGAAACGACGAAAUAUCGUGAGAUAAACAAAGAAAACACACACAAAAAGUUUAAACAAAUUAAAAAGGCAUGAGAAGCGAUUCUCGCCUGAAAAAAACACGACGCUCACCACGCACAUUGUGAUCGAAAACGUAUACGCGUGUAUUAUCUGUAAAUAGUAUUGAAAAUCGACAUUACUACUCGUGAUUCGUAUAUCUACAUAAUGAAAUAAUUGAGGAAUAACUAAAUGAAUGAAUAAAGUUAAUAAAAAGCGGAUCUCGCGACGUUGCAGAUAAGAGCGAGUGCAAAAACGGACGAUUAUAAUUAUAUUUAUUAAAUACCGAUCGAUCACGGAUCGACGAGAGCGCGAAAGCAACCCGAAUAGUGAUAAGCCAUGAUUGCAGAUCGACGGUGAUGGUUAAAUAAUGGAAAGAAAAAAGGAAAAACGAGUGAACAGCUGACGUUAGAAUAUCGAAUGAAAAGAAUACGCAAUCACCACAUACACUCACAUAUUAAAUAAUGAAACCGAAAGUGAUGAUCACGUCCGAGAACCCGAUCGCCCUGAUCAUUUCGUCUCCAGGCUCAAAGACUCUUUGCACUAAACACAAAUAUUUAAGCAUCGAUGAAAAUGAAUAGAGAGUUUUAAAAUUGCAAUAACUUCUGAGAAAGUACGCUACCGAACGAACGUAGAAACCAUUUUUUCCCCUGGCUCACUAAACCGUAUUUAUAAUAACUGUGAAGAAUCGUUGGGGUUUAUUGGAGGCCCGAAGAAAGCAAAAACAUAGAAAAAAGAAGCACCAGACAGAAUAAAGUUGAAAAAUGGAUGAAUUUUUUGAAUACUCGUCCGCGUGGCCAUGCCUUUUUUGACGCAAUUCGACUGUUCGAGUUUAUUUUAAACAAAUAUCGAUUCCAAAGACAGCUUUUCAAAUUGGCAGCAAAAAUUUAUGGAAGUUAUCUGAAUAAUCUAGAUAGUGAAGACAUAAAGAACUUUCGUUGAGAAAGGGCGGACCAGUAUUCUCCACAAUUUUGCACGUAGCCUCGCAAACUAUAAACUAAACUACCCAUUUGGAAAAUAAGGACGAGAGAUGAGCGAAAAACAAGAAAAUCCAAACGCAAACAUCGUUAUAUCUGUACUCGCAAAUCCCACAAAUUUGAGCUUCACAAUGUCGAACUAUACUACGAAAAAAGAGGUGUAAAAAAUGUCAAACAAAACGGUAUACAUGAAGAUGGAUUAAACAUGAUAAAUAGAUACAACAAAGUACCGCGUAGUUGAAGCAAUGACACCUGUAAAUACAAACAAACAAAAUAGAACGAAGGAGGCGAAAGAAAAAAGCUUAGGUACUGUAAUAUUGAGGUAUGUUUUAUUAUUAUUAUUAAUGACAAAUAAAGAAAGAAAUAAAACACACGAACACGCAGACACAGACACAAUAGCUAUAAGAUAGCUAGACUCGUGCAAAGAAAAUUUACAUGGUUGAGAACAAAGUCACGUGAGUAACGGAGAGAUUCUCUUUUUAGAGCAAAAUUAAGCACAGCUGAUGUGUCAAAAAAAAUAAAAAAAAAAAAAAAACGAACGUUUGUAUGAUAUAAAGAGUCGAGGUAAAUAUUCAAAAUUCAAAAUUUUGAUCUAAAUCACGUCGAGGCGUAUGUUGUCCUUUUGAUAAUAGAAAAAAAAAGAAGAAAAUUAAAACCAAAAAUGAAAUGUUUGUACAGAGAUAUUCCGGUUAUUAAAUUUUGUUAUGAAACAGGGAGGGGGGGGGGCGAAGAAAACGAACAAAGCGAAAAAACAUACAAAAAAGAAAACAAAAGAAAGAGAGAGAGAGAUGAAAAAAAAUAAAUUGUAGAAAUCAUGUGUAUUUUCUUCGUGACAAUUAUAUAUAUAUAUAUAUAAAUAUAUAUAUAUCUAGUGGUUUAUUAUGAGAAUAUCAACGUGAGUAUUAUAAACAAAAGAUAAACAAGAAAAAUAAAUAAAUGAAAGAAAUUAAAAAAAAAAAAAACGACAACAAGACAAGAAAACAAAUAAACAUGUGAAUUGUAUUCGUGAGUGUCAUAUUUCUAAGGAAGAUAGAUCCACGGGUUAAUGUUUCGUGGCAGUUACCAACUAAAUUAUCAAAUGACUGACGGCAAUACAAACAUUUGAAAUCUGAAAAAUUCAACAUUUAUAUAUGACUAUAUUAAAAUGUAUAAUUGUACAUAAAUGUUGAUCGAAAUUACCCGUUACGACAGCCUGACAAAUCGUUAUUAUACAUAUAUUCAUAUAUAUAUAUAUAAAUAUCUUCAUAAACACAUAGUAUAUCCACUAUCUUCCGAAGAAAAGAUAGAAAAUAAUAAAGAACGAGGAAAAAACGAAGGAAACUGCUUCUGAAACAUUGCCCAGCGAAACCAAGGUUCCUACUACGUUUUAUAAAAUGUAAUAACUAACUUAACCACGAAAUUUGAAAUGUAAAUAAGUCGCCCGAGUUGAGCUAGUAUUCACGAUACAAUCAGCAAUGUAAUGACGCUACGAAAGAACAAUAGAGAGAAAAAUAAUGAGAAGGAUCGAAUGUGGAAGGGAGAAGAAGAGAAAGAAAGAGAAGAAACGUUGAACAAUCGAUAGAAAGGGUCAAGUAACUCGUUUACAGAGAAAGAGAUUGUCACAAUGAGAGCACGAAUGUCUCCUUGGUUUUCUUUCGUUUUUUAGUUACAUUUAUUUUCUCGCGAAAUGCCUCGAUCAUUUGUCGAGCUUGUAGACUGAAUACGAUCGACCACGAGACAAAAAGAACAAAUGAGAAAAGUGAAAAAUAAAAACAUAUGAUCGUUCAUCGGCGAUCGGCAAAUUCAGCACACAAGUAUACAAUUAGGAUAAGCGCCGUAGUUCUAGAUUGAAUGUUAGCGCCUAGAAACGAUGUAACAUUACGCUCCGUAUUUAAUGACAAGAAAAUAAAAAGAAACAAAGAAAUUAACACACACGAGACAACAACAACAACAACAACAAGAAAUAUAAGAAAUAAACAAAAACAUUAGCCGUUAAGCCGAAUACCUGUGUAAAAUCCAGUAGGUGUCCACAAGAAUAAAAUAAAAACUUAUAUUGUGGUACAAAUCCUA